AUGGCUGGCGCGACCGGUCGGAAAGCUCCCAAACAGGCCAAGACCGACAAUAUGGCCUCGAAUCGGGCUCUAGGCCUAGACAAUCUAUUCGACGACCUUGAGGAUAUUACGCCGGUCUUGCGCGAUGACGUGCGCAAAGGCCUCCCAGUGAUCGAGAAACCUGGUCAUUGGGACUCCAAGAUCACGGUACCGAAACCGGACGAUAAGGAGAAUGAGACAAGCUCGCCAUCGAUGCCCACAAAACUACCUGGCAGCAUAGCACGUGCCUUCCCGAACGGCAAACUGCUUGGCGACCGCCCAGAAGUGCUCAAAUGCACGCAUUGCAAACGACCCGUCCUCAAACAUGCCAUGCCAGCGCAUAUCGAGCGCUGUCUCAACAAGAAACAGGAGAAACAGCGUAAGAAGAAGGAGGCAAAAGACGCCCGCGAUGCCGCAGCGCGCAAGGAGAAGAGCCAAGGCGACAGCGACGGAGAAGACGAUGAAGAAGGUGGGAAGAAGACCGCGAGCAAAGGCGGCAUGACCUCCAGCAAGAAGCGAAAAGCGAUAGACGAGGGUGACGACGGCGGUCCCAACAAGAAGAAAAAGAAGAAAGAUCUGGAGAAGACCAAAACAGCACGACCCAAGGCACCAGUGGACGUGGAAAAACAAUGCGGAGUUGAAUUGCCUCAAGGAGGACAAUGCGCGCGUUCCCUUACGUGUAAAUCACACAGCAUGGGAGCCAAGCGCUCAGUACCCGGCCGCAGCGCCCCCUACGAUAAGCUGUUGAUGGAAUAUCAGCGCCGCAACGCCGCCAAGGAAGCCAAAGCCAAGAUCGAUGCCUCAGCGCCGAAUCCAGACGAUGACGAGUCGCAGAACGGGCCCGUAGACAUAGAAGAAGAGACGAAUGCAGUCAUGGCUGGUAUAGCACGAGGAUGGGGCGGGGCACCAUUGCAUGAGGCGCCACGAGUCUCCCUCAAACAUCGAUAUGAGCACAACAGGAUACGUAACGCGCUCGAUAGUGCUCUGGGCGAUCGGAGGAUGGGCAUAUUCGGCGGCGGUGUUGUGAACAGCAAUACUGGGAUCAAUUUUUUCACCGGUCUACCUCGGCAGCCGCCAGAGGGUGACAGGAGAGGAAGUGUUAUCCCUCGUGUGGCUCCGCAGGCGUCUCGGAAGCCUAGUGUGGCUAUGGCUACAUGA